GGCUUAGAUCCCUGUGAAUGGGAUGUGAUGUGAGGGGAGGGAGAUGCCUGUUAUUGACUAGUGUUGUUGGAUUGUCCUCAAGCUCAGGGAAGAUGGGGAAGGAGGGUCAGGAGGUACUGUCUGGAGCAGGAGUAGAGGUGUGGGGCCCAGCUGCUCACCCAGUGUAAGAAAUCCUCUAGUAUAGACCCUCUUGUCAGCAAGACCUGGAAUAAGGUGGGCAAACAAUGGUGUUUGAGAACAGGAGAUCUGGGCCCCCAACCAGGUAGCCGUUGGGCGCCUCAGUGGAUAAAGGAAGGAAACUGUGGUCCUUAUCUAGGGUGGCUACGAAACUCAGGCCAGAGGGAACCAAGCCUGCAGAAGCAACAUUAUAUGUGGUUGUGGGCUAGGCCCUGGGCUGGUGCUGCUGGGGCCCCAUCUGUGGGGACAGUUGAGUCCCUGCCCAAAGUCUCCUGAGCUGGGCAGAGUUGGAGAAGGGGCCAUGGGCUUUGGGCCCCAGGCAAGAAAGGCAGUAGAGAGAAGGGAAGCUGAGCUGAUGGUUGAGUGCAUGGGGCCUAAGGGUCACCCAGGCAAUUGAAAAGGCUGGGAGCUGAAGGAAAGCUGAUAUGUAAGGAGAUGGAAGGGACAGGGGAACUCCUGGGGGCAGCGUUUCCUCCAUGGAAAACCUCAGGUGGGUGUGAACAGGAGGCAUGAUGUCUGGUUUGCACCUUAUGUGUGCAAGGUUGGCCAGCCAUAUUGGACUUCUAGAGAUAAAACGGCCAGCAAGUAUUAGCUGGGUUGACUGUCCACACACAGUGAGGUUCUAGGGAGGACAAAUUUAUAACCACAGUGGGUAGAGACCAGGACCCGUGGGUUCUGCCCCAGUCUUCAGCAUUCACCAUUACUCUCAGCCUUCCUCCAGUAUGUGGCAGGGCACAUGGGUCCAUACACCCUGCCCCCCCUCCACCUGAGGUAUAAAGGAUGGGUCUCUUCCAGGCCACCUGUAUCAUCAGGUUUCCAUCUCUGUGUUACGACCAUGCAGCUAAGCCCAGUCCUGAUGAUGGGGGUGGCCCUGUGCCUGGGGUAUGGCCAGCCCUUGCCACAGGUUCCUGAUCACCCCUUCUAUGUGAUAUGGAACGUACCCUCAGCACGCUGUAAGGCCCACUUUGGUGUGCACUUACCACUGAAAGCCUUGGGCAUCAUAGCCAACCAUGGACAGCUUUUCCAUGGCCAGAACAUCUCCAUCUUCUACAAGAACCAGCUUGGCCUCUAUCCCUACUUUGGGCCCAGAGGCACAACUCACAAUGGGGGUAUCCCCCAGGCUGUGUCCCUAGGCCGCCACCUGGCACAGGCUGCACACCAAAUCCGUCAUAGUCUAGGACCCAGCUUUGCUGGCCUAGCAGUGCUGGACUGGGAGGAGUGGUAUCCUCUCUGGUCUGGGAACUGGGGCCGCCGCCACACCUACCAGGCAGCCUCCCAGGCUUGGGCACAGCAGGUAUUCCCUGACUUGCACCCUCAAGAGCAGCUCCACAAAGCCCGUGUUGGCUUUGAACAGGCAGCCCGCGCACUGAUGGAGAACACACUGCAGCUGGGCCAGACACUGCGACCUCAUGGACUCUGGGGCUUCUAUCGUUACCCAGCCUGUGGCAAUAGCUGGCAUGGUACAGCUUCCAACUACACAGGCCACUGCCAUGCAGCCACCCUUGCCCGCAACACCCAAUUGCAUUGGCUCUGGGCUGCCUCCAGUGCUCUCUUCCCCAGCAUCUAUCUCCCACCCAGGCUACCGCCUGCUCACCACCAGGCCUUUGUUCGACACCGCCUGGAGGAGGCCUUUCGUGUGGCCCGUGCUGGGCACACACAUCCUCUGCCCGUCCUGGCAUAUGCCCGCCUCACACUCCAGAAGUCUGGGAGGUUCCUGUCCCAGAAUGACCUGGUUCAGACCAUUGGUGUGAGCGCAGCACUGGGGGCAGCCGGCGUGGUGCUCUGGGGGGACCUGAGCUUCUCCAGUUCUAAGGAGAUGUGCUGGAGUCUCCAUGACUACCUGGUGAGCACCCUAGGCCCCUAUGUGAUCAAUGUGACCAGAGCAGCCACAGCCUGCAGUCUCCAGCAGUGCCAUGGCCAUGGGCGCUGUGCCUGGCAAAACCCAGGAAAAAUGGAAGCCUUUCUGCACCUGCAGCCAGAUGGCAGCCUUGGAGCUUGGGAGUCUUUCAGCUGUCGCUGUUACUGGGGCUGGACUGGCCCUACCUGCCAGGAGCCGAGGCCUGGGCCUUAGAAAGCAGUAUAAAGCCAGGAGUCCCUGUUCCUACCUAUUCUUGUCCCUGCUGCCACUUUCCUAGUCCUGGAGGAACUCCCCCUUUUGCUCUAUUCAGCUUACAAUCAAUACCUUCCCAAGCACACACUUUCGCUCCCACUUCCCUUG